AUGAACAUCCUGAAACAGCGCAAUUCCUCUCUCCUUGCCAUCCUGUGGGUUCUCCUCGGCGUAGCCUUGUGUUCCCAAGUCCAAGCCCAAGUCGAGACUGAGGAUGAACAUAGCACCAAGCUAGAGCUUCUUCGCGAGAAGAAGCACCGGUUUGAGAAUGGAGAAAAACGCAGCGAAUUUGACCUUGAGGGAAAGAGACUCCGAAUGAAACUGCAGUUGCAAUCAUCUUCUUAUCUAGGAGAAACACCUACUAGUACUGCUCACGAAUCAGAAGAUCAAAAUGUCCGCAGGACGCAGCAGGAGACUGUGACGUACACAUGGGAAGUUGGCGUGGGAGUAGAACUCUUGAUCCCCGUCAGUACAGUCCCAGGGGCUGAGAUACGAGCCCUGGAACGCCUCGCCCAGACCUUUUUCAGGAGGGUGUUUGCCUCCACCUAUCCAGAAUCCUUUCAGCGAGUUGACAUGGACCCCUUUGGUAGAGAGAAUUUCGGCCCAUUCAUCAUCGGUAUUGGAUUCAACAUGGCAACCGUUUUCCGUACCCAAGGAAGUAUCCCAUCAAACCCUGAGGUUGAGGCGUUAUUGAAUACUGCCACGGACACGUUCGAGUAUGAAUUCAUUUUUGAGUUUGUCCAAAUGGCAGGGCCUGCUUUUGAGACUGCUAUUGAUGCCAUUGCAGUUGUGCUCGAUACUACCCCCACUCCUGCGCCUACCUUUGCCAUGCCUGUCACCAUCAGGCCAACCCCGACGCCCGCUCCCACACGAAUUCCUACAGGAAGGCCCACACGAAGACCUACACGAAGGCCAACACGCAACCCAACACGCAACCCAACACGCAACCCAACACGCAACCCAACACGCAACCCCACGCCAAGCCCCACUGCCAGCCCCACACCAGCGGCCACCGACAGCCCGGUCACACUAGCCCCUACAGUUGCAGGAACAAGAUUCGACCCUACCCGAGACACCUGUGUGCUUCAGACGUCCAUUGAAUGCACCACUUUUAGUGGUCAAAGUUGUGACAACAUUUUUGCUCCAAAUCAGACAGUGUGCAAUGAUGUAGACAAUGGUGUCAGUGCCGUGGAAUUCUGGUUGACUGGGAGCAGUUGUGAAUCCACGCCGAACUGCACCGACACGGGAACCAUUACUGGGGUCGAUGCCUUUGUUGAAGUUGCUGAAGAUGGUAAUACUGCAUUCGCUGGAGUUGUCCCCCUUGGUGGAAUCAUCAGGGUCAGCGGACCUUUCACGACUGAUAGUCUCACUAUCACAAUCUAUACGAACAGCAGUGGUACCCCUGGAGACCUCUUGCAGCAACUUGAAACCGUGAGUCUGGGGUGUGCAGGUACUGUCGGAUCAGAUUUGACGCUGCUUGCCAACUAUGGGGCUCUUCAAUUGAUCGGAUUUGAAAACCCAGCUCAAGGAAGUCAAAUCGAAAUUGAACCAAUCGCAAUCACCAUGAAGGUCACAAACUCGAGGGUCGACAGCACUGUGAACACAGCUGUUGGCAUCAUCCAGAGUACCCUUAACGGUGCUGUUGUUGGUUCCAGCCCUUUUGAACCAAACCCCGUCAACUUGAUCCCAAGUGGGCAAACCAAUCUGACAUAUAACGAGAGUAUUUCUUCGGAGACGUCUGCGGUUGUGAACCUUACCGGCUCCCAGGGAAUCACAUUCGAGUUCCGCCUUGAUGCAGCCGGUGAAGGUGUUGUAAAUGGCACAGAAUGUACAACUACGACAAUGUACAACAUCACAGUUAUGGGCCCUGUUCCAGCAGCUCCUGCGCCAAGCGCAAAUGUCGCCCCUGAUACUGUAGCCCCUGUCACCGGUGCCCCCAUCACCGGUGCACCAACUGCAGCAGCCGGAAAUCCCACUGGCACACCCACCAGAAGCCCUACCAGGACGCCUACUCGAAAUCCCACUGCACGCCCCACUCGAAGGCCUACCAGGCGCCCGACUCGUCGUCCUACUCCAGAACCUACCAACAGGCCUGCCACACCCGAGCCCACCCCCAGACCUCUCCCGAUGACGCAACCACCACAACCAAUGCCUGGUGGCGGUAACCCCACACUUGUGCCAUUGCGUCGUGACCUAUUCUUGGCCGAGGAAGGUCUGCUGGAUGACGAUGAUGAAGAUUACUAG